AUGUCUCAUGAGCAUGCCGCAUCCUUGUCGACUGCCGAGUCUGCCGAACAUUAUGGGAAAACAAGCACCAACGACGACGACGACGACGACGAUGAUAAUGAUGAUAUGGUGAGGUGGAAUCAUGUCCGCACUGAGUACCGCGCGCGCGAGCGAGCGUUUCACAGAUAG